AUGGCGACCUAUCAGAAUGGUGUAGCUCCGGCACGCGCCAUGGGCGACGAUAGCGAUGUUGAGGAGGAGGCUCUCGUGGCGGAGUACAAGGAACACGUUCAGUACGAGGACGGCGACGAGCUCAGCCAGACCAACUCUAUCAACCAGGCCGACGAUAUCCAGGCGCGCCUCGUGCAGGCUGCGCAGCCCCUCGAUUACUCGGCACCUCUUGAGGUCAAGUUCCAGAGCUACGAUGCUUACUGCAGCUUGUUCCACUUUAUCCUCAACUCCGAGGGUCCCGUCGACCUCGAGCCCCCAUCGUACUACUGGGCUUGGGAUGUGAUUGACGAGUUUAUCUACCAGUUCAAUUCGUUCUGCUCCUACCGGUCACGCAUCGCACGACAGGCCAACAAUGAGGAGGAGAUCCAGAUUCUGCGCGAGAACCCCAACACGUGGGGCUGCUACAGUGUGCUGAACGUGCUCUACUCGCUCAUUCAGCGCUCGCAGAUCACCGAGCAGCUCGCCGCAAUGAAGCGCAACGAAGACCCCAUGGCGGUGGCGGGCGAGUAUGGCUCCAAAAACCUGUACCGCAUGCUGGGAUACUUCUCCAUCAUUGGGCUGCUGCGUGUGCACACCCUGCUCGGUGACUUCAGCCUCGCUGUCAAGACGCUGGACGACAUUGAGCUCAACAAGAAGGCCAUGUUUGCGCGCGUCAUGGCCGCUCACUUCACCACGUACUACUACGUCGGCUUCUCCUACAUGAUGAUGCACCGCUACGCCGACGCCAUCCGCAUGUUCAGCCACAUCCUCAUUUACGUGUCGCGCACCAAGAACUUCCAGAAGAACGCGCAAUUCGACUCGAUCACCAAGAAGAACGAGCAGAUGUACGCCCUCAUCGCCAUCUGCGUCGCCUUCAACCCCACCCGUCUCGACGACACCAUCCACAGCGCUCUGCGCGAAAAGUACGGCGACCAGCUGCUUAAGCUGCAGCGCGGUGGGCCCGAGUCGCUCCCCAUUUUCGAGGAGCUCUUCCGCACCGCCUGCCCCAAGUUCAUCUCGCCCGUGCCCCCCGACUUUGACAACCCCGAAUCCAACGUGGACCCCGUCGAGCACCACCUUGCCGUCUUCAUGGACGAGGUCAAGACCAACAUGUGGAGUCCCACCAUCAAGUCGUACCUCAGGCUGUACACCACCAUGGACCUCAACAAGCUGGCCGGUUUUCUCGAGGUGACGCCCGAUGACCUGCGUUCGUGGCUGCUGGUGACCAAGCAGCGCACCAAGCAGCUGAGGUGGAACGACAACAGCUUGCUUGACGGCGAGCUUGUCAACGUCAGCGACCUCGACUAUGCUCUCCAGAAUGACCUCAUCCACAUCUCCGAGGCCAAGGUCGGACGCAAGCUGGUCGACUGGUACCUGCGCAACCUCUCGCGCACCUACAACUAA